CUAUCUACUUGUGCUGCCACCUUCAGUGUCCGAUCAACUUGUAGCCCAAAUGUGCUGAAGAUAUGUGUCUCAGAUAAGCUCAGUCUAAAACUGCACGUUAUUUCUCACAGGGAAUCCACGAAAUGAGGCCGAAGUUUCUCUGCAGCGGUUUUCCAGAUGGUUUGAUGUUCGGUGUCUUUGUUUUCCUGCUUCGAUCUGUUUCCACACAGAAAAUCAGAAAUCUGGUUUAUUUCUUGGAUAAUGGAGGCAACAUUACGUUAAAAGGACCGGACAAUCCUGGGAGUGACGUUGUUGUUUGGGAAUGGAAACCACACUCAGGGCAUGGAAUCCAGACAGUGUUAACUGGCAGCAGAGCGGACAAGCAUUGGACCAUCCAGUGGGGCGAUGGCUGGAGAGAGAGUGACAAGAACCAGGAGGUGGAUGUGGAUGCCAGUACUUGUAAUCUGACAAUAAAAAACAACGCAUUUAAAUGGGCGGGAUUCUUCACUUUGUCUAAAACACAACCGAGGAAGCAAAUCCUGAAACAAUAUGAAAUAUUUGGGAUCAAAGUUGAGGCAAGUCCACAGCGCCCUCUGCUGGGCAGUGACGUCACACUCAGCUGCACCAUCUCCAGACUGUCAGAUACAGUCAGUCUUCACUGGAGACCAAUGGACUCAUCCCAGCAGAACAGGAGCAACACUGAUCAGAUCCGCCUGAAUAACACGGUCUAUCUGAUGGUUCGACAUGUUACAGUGGAGGAUGGGAAGCUGUAUGUGUGUGAAGUGCAGGAAAAUGGAAAAAUCGUUCAUACAAGUAAAGCCAAUUUUAAUGUUACUGUGGACAUAUACAGCAAACGUCACACACUUUACCGCACCAGCACAGAUCACAGUGAAGUCCAGCUGGUUUGCUAUUUUCUUCCUGGUUCCGACAUUUCUUCUGACGUGUGUACCUGGACAUAUAGUCGCCUAAAUGACCAGGACAAAGUAAUAGCAUCAGCAACAUUCUCUCAACCCAUCAAUGUCGCCAAUACCGCUUUUAAGAAUCGACUGAUGACCUCAGUGAAACACUUCAAAGGCGAGGAUUUUAGUGUGCGGAUUGUCCCAGUUUUGUUUGAAGAUGCCGGAGUUUACAAAUGUUCAGCAGGAACAUAUCCAUUUCUCACCAUUGAUCUAAUCACAGUGAAAGUCACAGCUGAACCGUCCGAUGCAGUGACUGAGGGAGACAACGUUACCCUGACCUGCUCUGUGUCUCACGUCACUGAGUCAAUGAGACUGGUUUGGAUCAAUGGCGAUGACAAACGUGUUGGAGAAAAGACACUGACCGUGGAAGAGAAAUCACUGAGUCUGGUUAUUCAGAAAGUUGAGAGGGGCAGAGGGAAUUGGAGAUGUGGUUUGUUUCAUCAAGACCUGCCCCGGCUUUUAGUCCCGUACUAUCAGGAGACCAGUGGGACUACUAUUUACCUUUUCCACCAGGAAGGCAACUAUGUGUUGAAAGGACCAGACAGUCCUGGAAAUGGCCCCAUUGACUUGGAAUGGAGGCCACACUCAGGGCAACAAACCACAAAGCAAUUGGCUACUUUUCACAGAGAAGAUCAGCAGUGGGCCGUACAAUGGAGUGAUGAGUACAAUCAAAUACCAGGCAUUUCCCAGAGUAUGCAUAUGGACUGGGGUACCCUUAAUCUGAGGAUCAGGAAACCCAUCUUUGAACUUGCAGGGCUCUUCACCUGGAAUCAGGCACAGCCCAGUGGGAAAAUCCUGAGACAGUGGGAACUAUUUGUGAUCAAAGUUGAGGCAGACUCACCGAGGCCAGUAAUGGGCAGUGACAUCACCCUCAGCUGUACCAUCUCCAGACUCCCAGAUACCGUCAGUCUUUACUGGAAACCAAGAGGCUCAUCUCAGCAGAACAGGAGAAACAACACUGAUCAGAUCCAUCUGAAUAACACCGUCUAUCUGAUGAUCCAACACGUUGGAGCAGGAAAUCCCAAUCUGUACACAUGGGAAGUGCUGGAAAAUGGCUCCAUUGUUCUCACUGGAGACACCAAUGUUGAAGUGGAUCAGGAUUUAUAUAACAAGAUGUACACAGUUUAUCGUUCAGUCACAGAUCACAGUGAACUCGACCUGAUUUGUGAAGCUUCUCUUGAGCUCAAUGAAACCAAAUGGACUUGGAGAUCACAACAUGUCCAAAAUCAAGAGAAGGAAAUAUAUUUUUCUCACAGGUCUGAGCCGAUCCAUGUCGACAUGAGUUACUUUGGGAAUCGACUGAAAACCACAGAGGGAAAUGUGAAUGGCACGAAUUUCCGUGUGAGGAUUGUCCCCGUGCAGUUUGCAGAUGCUGGAGUUUACACAUGCUACAUAGGAUCAAAUAAAUAUGUCACCAUUGAUCUAAUCACAGUUACAGCUGAACAAUCUAAUGCAGCGACUGAGGGAGACAACGUUACCCUGACCUGCUCUGUGUCAAAGGUCACUAAGUCAAUGAGACUUGUUUGCAUCAAUGGUGAUGGCAAAAUAGUGGGAGAGAAAAUUUCCAAGGAGCCAAGGCAGGAAGAGACAUCUUUACAGCUGAUCAUUCCAAAAGCUGUUGCAGACAAAAGGAAUCAUCGCUGCGGUUUGUUUCUUCAAAAUACUCCCAAGGUUUUAAUUCCAUAUGGUCUGAAUGCAUUGCAAUCCAAUGGUAAGUGUCUUGUCUUCUGCUGUUUGUAAUUUCCACAGAAACGGAAUAUUAUUUAUUUCUUCUAACGUAUCAUAUUUCAUAACCCACUGCGGUUAGUAUCUCUGGUAACUCCUGCCCACUCUGUGGAAGGGUCUGUGGAUCCCACAUUGUCAUCAACAGUAACAUCUGAAUCCGCAAAACUGGAGAAUUAAAAAAAAAACAUUCUCAGGAUAUCACCCAUUCCUUGGGCAUUAAGUGUGUGGCGUAGUUACUCCUAGUAUCCAAUGACUGCCUCCUCAAGAUCACAAAUGGGAUGAGAAUUAAUUUCAAAAUUAGCUUUUGGACAUUUUUGUCCUGAAACAACAGAGGAGUUGUGUCAUUAUCAUUGGGGCGAUGGGUGUGUCCUAUCACACACAGACAUGAAUUCAAGACAACGCUCAGACACACAAUGAGCACUGUUGCAUUUGAGAUAUAUUUUAUCAAGCCCUUCCUCAUGUCUCCAUCUGCACUUUCAUUCAAUGGUUCAGAAGUCAAGUGAACUCAAUAAAUAUCCAACAAUAUUUAAUGCUUUCUGCUUUAACACUUCUUCGGGAAAGCUUUGUUUUGCCGACCCUGCAGUUUCAAUACACCAACACAUGUAAAACUCUCCUGGAAACAGCAACUUUCUUCAUGAUGGUAACUGUGAGCUUUUCGUUGCUGUUUAUUUUCUCCUGCAGAGCAGCAGUCUCCCUCUGGGUGAGGACAAUAGGGCUCUGACUACAGUCGGCUGAGAGUCCACCGAGGAAUGAAGACUUUGUUUGUGCUCUGCCUGUGCCUCAGUGACAGUAGAACCCUGCUCCAGCAGCCGCUGCACCAGGGGAGAGGCCACCCCCACACCCACUCCCACUGUUGUAUCCCCAACCCUUUGAUUGGAAACCUGUGCUCAUGGCUCUACAGAAAGCCGUGCGGAAGGUUGGAGAUGGGAUCUCUGACAGUCCUUGACAUCUCUUCCAUGCUGUAAGGCAGAAAAACCUUCCCAUGUACUCAUCCUCAUCACAGUUUCCAUCAGACUCCUCUGGGGCAGAUCUGAAUUUGAACCCUGACCUCCAAGGAGUUGCUAUACAAACCUCCCAAUCCUUUGGUCUAACUACAGCCGACUGCUGCCCAGUCUGAAGUGUCCAGCAAGUGAUGGAGCCUUAAACUACAUGGGUUUGUGAACAGAUUGGCAGGUGUGCAGCAUUGAUGAACUGGUCAACCUUACUAGAAGAAAUGAAAGAUUAUGCACAAAAAUGCACAGAAGAAUUUUCUGCUGCAUUGCAAUAGAAUAGCAAUAGGUUGGUCUAGUUCUUGAUCAAAAGAAAAAUAAGUACAUCUGAUUAAAUAUGAAAUAAAAUCAGAGAAUGCUGGAAGCAUUCAUCAGGUCAGAAAGCAUCUGUAGAAAGAUGAAUAUAAUGAAGGUUGCUGAUUGAAAAUGUUUUGUGAGAAUCCGUCAAAGUAUUUUCAGACAAAAAAAAUAAAUUUACACUACUUCAAUCUGCACUACAAUCUGUGCACCAUUUUGCUAUUUUGGGCAUUCCUUGUAGGAAUCCUUAUAGCAUUUGUCACGCACACUGUCAAAAAGGCUUUCAGUACAUUCGCCUUGAUCAGUCAAAGGAUUGUGUAUAGAAGUUGGGAUGUUAUGUUACAGUGUACAAGAUGUUGAUGAGGCCGCACUUAGAAUAUUGUUCUCAGUUUUGGUCACCCUGCUAUAGGAAAGAUUUUGUUAAACUGGAAGGAAUCAGAAAAAAUUCAUGAGGACAUUGCCAGCACCUGAGGGCCUGAGCUAUAGGGAGAAGUUACCAGGCUUGGACAUUAUUCCGUGGACGGCAGGAAAGUGAGGAAUGAUAUUAUAAAGAUGUUUAAGAUUAUAUGGGGAAUAAAUGGGGUAAAUGCACAGUCUUUUAACCAGAGUAAGGGAAUUAAGCUGAGAA